AUGUUGUCGUACGUGAUGAGUAUGCUGUCACUUCUCCAGUUUCCGAGUUACCAUCUGAUAAAACCUUACUUGAGAACACAAGAAACUUCGCAGUUUCUGCAAGAGUUUGUAGACCUCAACAUAACAGAGUUCAUGUUACAGGUAAUGCCAACUUGCGCAGAAAUAUUCUACGAGUGUCAAUGGCACGGUAGCAAUGUGAACUGUUGCGAGAUAUUCGAACUGCAGAGGACGGAGCAAGGAUACUGUUGGUCUUUCAAUUCAUUGACAUCAGAAGCUACGUCACACUGUCCACUAUCCGAAGUGUUGGAGAACGAAGGUAUGGUGGAGGAGGACGAUGAUGAGCGGCUGGAGUGUGAACUGAGACGAACCACCGGUAUCAGCGGUGGCUCUGGACUGCAGAUCUACUUGCGGCCUACGGACCCUCGACACAACAUCGGCUAUAGGGCGCAGCGGGUCGUCAAUGGUGUCUCAGUUACGUCCAUUUCAUACUUCAAUUCUGUAGACGUUUAUGUUGAUGAGCAUGACCAUUUGUGGAUAAGCUGGUCCUCCUUCCUCUUUUCCAAGAACAUCCUGGUACACAUCUCGUACGAGUUACCUCUCGCGGGAACAGGAGUGUUCGCUUCCACAGCGAAGGGCGCACGCAUAACUCUUGAAAAACAGAGACAAACGAUCCUGAUACACACCUCGUACGAGUUACCUCUCGCGGGAACAGGCGUGUUCGCUUCCACAGCGAAGGGCGCGCGCAUAAGUCUGGGCAUAGCCGCGGAGAUAACUACGAGCAGUGACGGUAUCCGCUCUCUCCCUGUGGACGACCGACACUGUCUCUUCCCCGACGAGGAGAAGCUGCACAUCCGACACCAUGUACACCCACAGCACAUGUCUGGCCGAGUGUCGGUACAAGUACAUCAUGCUCAUGUGCCGCUGCAAACUGUACUUCUUCGUCCUUCAAGAAUUGUCUCGCUUCUUGCAGGCAAGUUCCGGUUCUACCGGCCGCCUCCUGACACUCCUGGAAUUACUGACCGAGAGCUCAUGGAGUCUCUGAACUGCAACUGUCUCGCUACCUGCUUCGACACAGUGUACGACAUUCACCUGCAGCGCUCCAUCCCUGAGGACCCAGCCAACCAGACAGCCUUCUCCCAUGUAGACAUCUACUACAGCAAGACAGGCUUUGUCCGAUACCAGCGACACAUCGUGUUCGAGUUCUACCAACUUAUAGUUUCCCUUGGAGGAGUGGCUAACCUGUUUCUGGGAUGCAGUCUUCUGAGCCUAAUCGAGACCAUUUACUGGAUGUUGAAGAUAUUAGCAGUGACUCUUAAGACUAGUAGUGUAAAGAGUAAACUCAUCAAAGUUCAACCUCUUAAUUAUUUAGAAUAAGC